AUGUCAAAUCUCGGACCUUUGACGACGACGUUUACACCGGCGUCCGGGUGCAAUUCUAUUCUUUCGGGGAUUGUAUACACGCAGACUUUACAGGAUGGCAACACGACUACUCACAAGUACCAUAGUCUAGGGCCCAGUGCCACGUCCGAAUGCUACCCACCAGGCUUUGAACCGGCGUCUGGUUUUUACUCCCCUGGGAUCUGCCCGUCUGGUUGGUGGUCGGCGUGCGGAACGCUCGACGCUAUCGCAACUCUUACCGAGACCAGAGCGACAUGUUGUCCGCUAGGAUAUGUAUGCAUACAGAAGCCAGAUCCAACUGAGACGUGGUCGACCUUGUCCUGUUCAUCGUCUGCUAUUUCAUCUGUCUCCGUGACAGUCCCAGACCUGUCCAAUCAGCUAAGCAAAGUUACUGUACUAAGUGGGAUCAUCAUACAUGCUGCAGCGAUCAACGUACGAUGGCAGAGGAGCGAUUUUAUAGCUUCUCGCACGGACACAUCGACUUCUUCUUCGGCGACUUCGUCAAUAUCAUCCUCUCUUUCUCAAACCCCCACACCAAGUGGUACUGAUACAGAUAACGAGGAUACAGAAACGGGACUUUCCUUGAGCGCGAAGAUAGGCAUCGGUGUAGGUGUAGGACUGGGAGGGUUACUCCUAAUUUCAAUCGCGAUUGGUAUCUGGUUGUGGAAGAUAAAUCAUCCCAAGGAGAAACAGCAGCAAGGUAAUAUGACCAUUAGCGACCUGACAAAUCCUGGGGCUCAGAAAACACCGGCAGAGUUGUGGGAGCAGUACCAGCAAGAGAUGCAGACUACGAGUAAUACGCACGAAAUGGUCACGGAUAAUAAUCGACAUGAGAUCACGGGUACUUCUAGGCCGGCUGAGCUGCCCCACGAGAAUUGGAGGUAG